CCAGAGGGCGCAUUUGACGUGCGUUCAGUACCAGUUUACCGGUCAUACUGCGAGCUGACUCUAGUUCGGCUAGGUCAACUUUGCUAAUUUUCCUCUAUAGGCGAUGAGCGUCCUUGUCAAAGGUGUAUCAAACGCGGCCUCGCCGAUGCCUGCCAGGACGGAGUACGGAAAAAGGCCAAGUAUCUGCAUGACGCUCCCCCAGAAGCCUUGAGGCCCGUUCUGGGACCAACGUACAAUCCCGCCGCCCACACGCACGCCAAACAGCAGAACGGGAAACACCUUUCCAACGGGAACUCAGACACCCCAGCGUACUAUUCUCAUGCGCAUAGCCACUCCGCUUUCCCCAUGUUCGCCGGGGGCUCUCAGAACCAGAUGGCUCCGUUGCCGGACAGCAUCUCUUUCGGCGGACAGCAGUCUCCGGUGACGCCCGGCUUUCCGACGCCAAACAAUACGAGAGCUGCUCAGAUGGGCUCUAUGCAAGUCCCUCAAGUGUCUAGCGAGAUGCCAAACAAUUACUCGCCCGCCUUAUUCGACCCGAGCAACCCAGCGAUUUUCAACUUUGACCUCGAAGGGUUGAAUUUCGGAAGCCAUUACGGUGCACUAGAGUUCGGGAUGCUGGGCCAUAUGUCCUCUGGUGCCGCUGAGACUCCGCCCAGGGAUCCCGUAACCCAAGCGCCCGGAACCGAGGUCAAUUACGGACCGACCGGGGUGUUUCGGAACGGGGUCAAUCACUACAACCAGAUGUAUGAGAACGGCAUGGCUGACGGUUUUAUGAAUGUUGAUCCCAGCAAUAGCGGGGCAUUCCCGGGAAACCUCCAGCAUGGGUUGCCUCACGCGUACGCCGUUGCAGCCGCCGGACCGACUCCGAACAGCCUGGCUAGCCCGAGCACGGACAACACGUCCAGCCCCCAGCCUACGGGCUACGGCUUCGACAAGUCGCCGACCACUAGCACGUACACGGUUACCAAUUCUCAACCGAUAGCUCAGCCUUCGCGGCCGAAACCGAAGCCUGCAAAUUCGAACAGCGGCAACAGCACUCGGUUUGGGCCCCCGUCCAUCUUGGGAAAACGGCAGCGCGACCCGUCGGCGAUCUACGAUACCGUCACUGAGCCCUACCCGUACCUCACUGGGUUCCACAACCUCAUCGCCUUCGUUCAACGGAGGUUCUCUGCGAAUAAGACAUUACGAAUCGCCAAGUCCCUCGCCAGCAUCCGGCCCUCGUUCAUCGCUUGUACGCGGAACCUCAACAGGCAAGACCUCAUCUUCAUGGAGAAGUGCCUGCAGCGGACGCUCUUCGAGUACGAGGAUUUCAUGGGACACUGCUCGGCGCCUACUAUCGUAUGCCGUAGGACGGGGGAGGUGGCGGCCGUGAAUAAAGAAUUCAUCGCGCUCACCGGGUGGACCAAGAAUAUUCUGUUGGGUAAGGAGCCCAAUAUGAAUGUCAAUACCGGUCGGUCGCCGGGGUCCGAGGCAAGUAACCACGGCAGCACAAGCAAACCCGAUUUCGUAACCCCACGGCUGAAGAUGGUCCAGCCGGACAUAGGUAAAGCUGCGGAAGGGAAACCCCGACCGGCCUUCGUGGCCGAAUUCAUGGACGACGAGAGCGUCAUUCAGUUCUACGAGGACUUCGCGCAGCUCGCCUUCGGCGACAGCCGCGGCCACGUCACGAGGAAGUGCCGCCUCCUCAAAUACCGAACCAAGGAGAUGAGUGAGGCUCUGAGCAACGAUGAAUCUCCCAAAGACCGGCGGAACAGCAGCAUCCUUAGCAACAGGGUGACUAGGAUAGAUGGCGAGCACGGGAUAUCCAAGCUCGAGAAGGAUGGUAAGAUCGACUGCACGUUCUGCUGGACGAUCAAGCGCGACGUAUUCGACAUACCGAUGUUGAUUGUUAUGAAUUUCCUACCUUGUUAUUACCGCAACCAAGACCAACUGGCUGUUUAGGGAUGGUCGGGUCUACGGACGAGCACCGCGGGGGGUGGUGCAUGCGUGUUUCUGGUUUAGCUUUGUGUCUCGAUCCGCUUCUCAGGCUUACCUAUCAACUACAUUUUUCCUCUCGGGUGUAAUAGAGAGAGCAUGGGCGGCGUUUUUGGAACAGAGCUCGCAUUUGUGAGUUCCUCUCCCGCUCGACGGGAGCUGGUCAUGUUGCAUGUGACCCCGGGCACAUAUAUAAUAUACACGUAUAAGGGGGAUAGACACGGUAUAGAACGUCGGCCUGCACGGGGUUUACGGUCGGAUACCCAUGAAUUUCACA